GUUGUCGUUCUGUCAAUCACUUCGUAUCCCGGAUGCCCGGAUUGGUCCCGGAAAUGGUUAAUUAGGGUUGUUCAUCUCUCGUUGUGUUUAUCGGAGUAGGUGCAUUUAGUUAUGUAACUUAUUGAAGAUCUUGUCUUCAUUUUUGUUUGUUACGUUAAUGCCCUAGUUUUCAUUUGGUUUACAGACUUAAGGUUUCAUUGGAAAAUAGCAAAAUGGCUACAUCUUCAACGCACACACAACAGUUUGCUCUAAAAUGGAACAAUUUUCAUUCUAACCUAUCCUCGGGUUUUCAUGAAUUAUUUGAAGCUGCUGAUAUGGUAGAUGUUACCCUAGCUAUGGACGGAAAGUUUCUUCAAGCUCACAAGGUUGUUUUGUCCAUUUGCAGUCCAUACUUCAAAGAAAUGUUUAAAGUGAAUCCUUGUAAACAUCCUAUUGUUAUACUCAAAGGUGUAGGCCAUGAACACAUGAAAGAUAUAUUAGAGUUUAUGUAUUUGGGGGAAGUUAGUGUUCUAAGAGAGAAUUUGACAUCUUUCCUGAGGACUGCCGAACUCUUGCAGGUUAAAGGGUUGACAGGAGAUGACUCUAGUGAAUCAUCCUCUAAAGAAGAUGAAAAAUAUGAAGGUGACAAUGAUGAAGAUGAGGAUUAUACUAAAUUGAUGCAAGAUAUGCAAUACACUCAACCUUACAAUACUAUUGACAACCACAUUGGCAUAAACUCACAAUACACUCCAACGGCAACAACAUGCAAUUCUAGCCCUCCUCCACCUAUACAACACCAAUUACCAUUACCAAAUAUCAACAUUCCACCAACGAACAAUAAAAGACCUAAGAAUUCUAAUGGAUCAAAUGUAAAAAGGAAUAAAACCGAUAACAAUGGAAAUCAAAAUAUACCAAGUAAAUCAGUACCCUUAGCAUUGACGAAAAAAGAAGAUGAUGACAUAAGAGAGAAAAAGAAAGUACCAUCCUUGACUCAGGAAAGUGAACCAGAAUACACUGAUUUAAGUUAUAUUAAAUCAGAAAAGUCCUCCGCUGAUGAGGAAGGUAUGGAGAAGCUGGUUGAACCAAAAAACAACUCGUUAAUUGAGAGUUUUGUUGAUCAAGAUGAUUCGAAAUCGUAUGUGUACUGUCACUAUUGCGAGAGAAAAUUCGUUAACAGAUAUAACCUCAAAGUCCAUGUGAGGGAUAAGCAUGAGGACAGCUCGAUCAAUUUAGAUUGUGAUAUUUGUGGGAAAACUAUGAGGAACCGUAGUUGUUUGAGGGUCCAUAUGUAUCAUCACCGCAAACAGGUAGAGCAAAGUGAGCAUUACGAUCCUGCGACUAAUCAGGAUCGGUCGAUGCCACAAGCGGUCAACAUUGUAAAAACGGCCUAUGAAUAAAAACAUUCCGUGGAUGAUCACCUAUUCUGUUGAAAUGCCAGGUCCUAAGUUAGUUUUCUGGUAGUUUGAAGUAAUAAUUAUUUGUAGAGAUAUUUUCUAUAAGAAAAAUUUCUACCCCCUUUUCGAAAGUAAAAGAGUGAGCAUGCUUAGUAAGUAGGAUAUCAACUCUGCGAAAUCCAAAUGAUUUUGAGUUUGUGAAAGGAUUUUCCUUUUCCCGAGAGGAAAGACUAAAAAAUAUUCGAAGAAAUUAUACUCGAAAUUCAUUACCAGAUGUUGCGCUCAAUAUUUUGAAUCAAAGCUAAGUGACUAAAGUAAAAUAGUUCAAAAAAAAAAUGUGAACAGCAUUUAUCAAAAAAUCUGUAACUAACAUACGCGAAUAACUAGCAAUUAGAAAAAAAAUUAAUUGGACAACACAAUCUCCAGAGAUUCUUAAAGUAUUUACAGUUCUUAUAGUGAAUACUCCCUACCCUAUUGAAAAACUAUAUACUGUUUCUAUUUGGACAAAAAGAUAGAUACUAUUUCUCUUCGAAUAAAUUUUUCAAUUCAAUUUUUAUUUAAUUUUAAGUUAAAAUUAUUACCGAAAACCACUGGAUAAAAACGCAAGCGUAAAAAAUUCUUAGGGUAAUUCUAUCUAACAUAGGUAUAUUCCAACAAAUCAAAACUAUUAAGUAAUUUUACACUUUUGUCAAGUCGUUGAAAACAUUUUCGUAAUGAAGAUCGCAUAUUUCAGCUUAUUUGACGGUUUUUUUUGCCCUCUAGGUUAAAUUCCGUUUGAAAAAAAAAAGAUAUUUUCACAACCGCAUGAGAUACCUACGGGGUGUUAGAAAAAACAUUACAAGAGUUGAGAAUUUUUUUAUUAUAGUAUGCUUUUUGUGAUUAAACUAUUGAGUAGAUUAUAUUACUAUUUUCAUAUUUAUUUCGCAGUUAGUGGAGCAUUCUAAAUCGAACAUUAGUAUAAGGUUAUCGUACAAUAUGAAAUAUGUUUACAUAUUUAUUAUUAAUUCCAUAAAGAUAUCUCGCAUCAUGACAAUAUUGCUCGAUCAAUUGUCGUUUUCACAUGAUUCUAUUGGCGAAGGACUGUGAUUUAAUUUUUCGAAGCCUUCUAGUCUAGUUUCAUCAAGUGAAAGAUAAUUUUGGCUUACUGUGUACGACAAUAGGUAAUUUUGCAAAAUACCUCUCGUGGUAGCUAUCAAUAAAACAAGUACCUCGGUUACAUUCCUCAUAUGUGCUAUUUCUAUAAUUUGUUGAAUUGUAUUUUUAUGAUAUUAUAUUGUUAUUGAAUAUUUUUCCAAUAUAAUAUGUUAUGAACAAGAUUUAUUCUUGUACCAAAUACAUAUAUUCUGUUAUUUUUUUAAGUCAUUUAGCAUAUAUCUUUUGCUUGUGAUAAUUUGGUAGACUUGAAUUUUUAUUGUUUAUUGUUUCAAACAUAUUACCUAUGUUGUUAGUCCCCCAUGUAGAUGAUCUCUGACAUGUUUAUUUAGAACUAAAUAAAGGAAAUAUUUUAUUUGAA